AUGGCCGGAGCGUUGUGGACCAAAGUUCGUCCAAAUGUUUGCAUGAACAGCGAUAACACCUUUGCUCUCAUUCCAAUCGAUUGUUCCUUUGUAGCACUAGCUCUUAAUCCAGAUUGGGUGCUUCUGGUCUUUGACAUGCACACCGCAAGACCGACCUGGUUUGGCCCUUUUGAAGCCUGGGAGCCCGAGAGCAACAGCAGAGGCGACAUAUGCAUCUGGUCUUAUGAUCUAUUUGGACCCACAUGGAGUUAUCUUCAAUCAUUCUGGGAUCCAAGACCGCAGAGGUAUCCUCUUGCAGAUAAAUUAUUCGUGGUCGCCAAGAGAGGGGCAGCAAGAGCUGGAGCGGCGUGGAAGGGCCUCUUUGUCACGGCUCUCAAUCAUGCCGUCCUGUUUUCUUUGUCUCUGAGAAAAUCCUGA